GAUAGGAGGAAGCUGAUAGAGGGUGAGCUCAGCCAUGUCGAUGCAAGCGAGGCGGGGAUUGGUGCACAGAAAUAGCCAGCCAAUCACAGCAGAGGCAGGGGGGGAAAACAACAACGCAAGGGGAGAGCUGGUGAAAUAGGGAAGAGCGAUGAAAAAGCGAGGGAGAAGGUGAAAUCACAGCAGCACUGAGGAGAGAAUAAACAAGGAAGAGAGGAAGGAUGAGUGGAGCAGCGAGCCGCUGAUCAGUGAGGUCUCCAGAGAGGAGAGAGGAGAGGAAGGAGAUGAGCAGGGAGAGGAGGGAGAGCAGCCAGCACCGAGAACAUCCAUCAGCUCAGGUGGCCAUGCUCUGAGCCCUGGAGCAGCAGGGCUACGCAGACACUGCACAGGCCUACCAUCAGGCCUAUCACAGCCCUCCAUCCCAGCCACAAACACCGAGGCAGGAAUAAAAGAAGAUUCCCAUAACAACAUCAGCCGUGUACACGAGCCAUGAGGACGGCCAGGAAGGGAAGCGUGGAGAUGCCUGCGUUUAUGCGGCAGCUGGUGAAAGAGACCGAGAAGAGGGUCAGCUCUUUCUUCAAGGGGGGCCGAGGAGGAGCAGCAGAGGGAGAGCAGCCAGGAGUGGAGGAGGAGAAGGAGGAGGUCAUCCCAAGCCCUUACCUGGACCGGCCCGUCCUGGACAAGCUAACAGAGGAAGGCUGUGCCCGCUGGGGGCUCACCUACGCCCUGGGAAGCAUGCAGGGCUGGAGGGCCAACAUGGAGGACUUCCACAACUGUGUGCCACAGCUGGGUGGAGAGCUGGCCGACUGGAGCUUCUUUGCCGUGUUCGACGGUCAUGCAGGCAGCACGGUGGCACAGCACUGCUCUCAGCAUCUUCUGGGUCACAUCCUGGCCACAGGUGGACUGGAACCAAUGGACGAUCCUGAAAGGGUGAAAGGAGCCAUCAUCGAGGGCUUCCUGCAAACAGACAAGCACCUGCACUCUGUGGCCCGUCGAGAAGGCUGGGAGAGAGGAGGUACCACUGUGGUGGCCACCCUCAUCUCACCGUACUACAUCUACUUCGCCAAUUGUGGCGACUCAAGGGCCAUGCUGUGCCGAUCCGGCCAGGUUUGCUUCUCCACUGAGGACCACAAACCUUACAGCCCUCUGGAGAAAGAACGUAUUGAGAGCGCAGGCGGCACCGUGACCAUCCAAAGGAUCAACGGCUCCUUGGCGGUAUCCCGUGCCCUGGGGGACUUCAGCUACAAGGGGGCGGAGAGCCGGACACCCAGCCAGCAGAUGGUGUCUCCAGAGCCAGAGGUGUUUGUGGUGGAGCGCUCGCCGGCAGAUGAGUUCCUGGUGCUGGCCUGCGACGGGGUGUGGGACACCAUCAGCAAUGAGGAGCUGUGUGCCUUCAUCCACAAUCGGCUGCGAGUCUGCACCGACCUGAGGGAUGUCUGCACUCAAGUCAUUGACCUCUGCCUGUAUAAGGGCAGCUUGGACAACAUCAGCAUCAUCGUGCUGUGCUUCCCUGGAGCCCCCCAGCUGUCAGCGGAGGCGUUACACCAGGAGGCCGAGCUGGAGGACCUGCUGGAGUCCAAAGUAGCAGAGAUUUAUGACGAACUGUGUGCCAGAGGCGAAGAGCCCGACCUGUUGUCUGUCCUCACGAUCCUCGCAUCCACUGUCAUCCCUGGAUUACCACCAGGUGGAGGCAUUCAGAGCAAAAGGAACUGCAUUAUUUCUGCUUACUAUCAGCAAAGAGAGACACACAAGCCCACACUGCCAAAUGGCCUGGAAGACUCCUGAGGAGUCCAGCUGGUCUCCACGGAUCCAUGGAUGGACUGUAAUUAAUGUCAAUAUUAAAACAGUUUUCUUCAUGUGUGCAAUUUGACAAAAAAAGAAAAAAAAAAGAGAUGAUUAACAGACAGGGAUGUUUGUUUACGUCGUCGUCGUGCCAGCAGGACUGUCUUGUCAUA